UACAACUCCCCAUUCAUGAACCUCUCCCCCAAAUCAUGCCAUUACUUAAUUGUUGAAGCUUAUCUCCAAUGUACCACAUUUGCACUCGGUUGAAGAAGACGACGACGUCCGCCAUGGAUGCUGGAUUAACAGUGAGUGGGAGCAAGGUUUGGUGGGUGGUGGUUUUUUGCCUUCUUGGAGUGACUGCGUUGGGCGACGAACAACAGAGCUCGCGGCGAGGGACUUAUGCUUGUUGGGGAGGCUGCUACAAUGAAUGUGUUCUUCAAGAGGGGAAAGAGCCAUCCGAGAGGGUUCCCUGUUUCUUGGGUUGCCUAGGAAGCUGCUUCGAUCACCUUGGGUCUGAUCUACUCUACUACUGCCGCCUUGGUUGUUCCCUGGUUUCUUGCGUCAGAUACAGAUCUGAUGGAGGAAACCUGGACGGGUGCUUACAGAACUGCUCCAGCAAUGCCUGCAGAAGCAGCGCUGCCUAGAACUACUAGAAGUACGUAGAAGAUGAUAUAUAUGUUCGUCCAUGGAAGCCUUAGCUUGUAAUCCGACAAAAAUGGUGGGUUAUAAUUAAAUAAUUAAACUA